CCCAAGGUGGUGGUUGGAGAGAACAAGGCUGGGAACAGGCAAUGCAUCUCCCCCUUUCUACAGCCAACACAGCUAAAUCCUCCAUCCAGCCCUGUACUCACCCCAAAUCCUGUAUUCACAGUUUGGAGAGAAUUUGCAAGGGAUUAAGAUAAGAAACAGCUAUGAAGAGUCAGGAAAAAAUCAGAAGUGACAAAUGAAAGGAAUAGGAACCCUAAACCAGGAAGUUACAUAGUUGUGAUUCUAAUUUCAGCCUCGGAGGAGGGCCCACAUUUACUGAAUAUUGUCAUAUGAAUAGCAGCCUAGGACUUUUUUGCCUAAGCCUCUAAGGUGACAUCAAGAUCUCCAGUUCUUCUUGAUAGAGAUUCUGCUGUACUUGAGGGUCUGAAGGCAGCACAUAGCCCAAUGCAUGCCAACCAUUCACUAAGUUGGCCAACAAGCCACAGCUGAGUAGAAAAUAACGUACAGCUGCAAGAGAUGAUGCUGUUCAGGAAACUUCAGUGGUCCAAAGGGAAGGCUAUUUCACCAGUGCUUUUAAUAUAUGCUGUCUUCUGGAGCUCGGGGUUGCAUCAGGAUGCAUCCACUGCAAGGAGACGAAAUGUGGUCUCAUUACAGGGUAAAAUGGUGAAAAUGGAAUGUAUGCACAUGAGUGAUGCAACAGAAGGUUUGAUCCUAACUCUAAGGAGAAAUGGCACCCCCACUGAGCUUUGUAGCUUGCGGUUUAGAAACUUUAGGAUUUGGGACAGAGUCUGCAAAGGUUCUGUAACUCUAGAGUAUGAUCAUCACACCAAAUGGGUUUACGCUGUUAUUCAGAGAGUCUCUGUGAAUGAUUCUGGGAUUUAUAACUGCACCCUGGAAAGCAUGAUUCCUCCACCUGUGAAAACACUGACCUAUACAUACAUUUGCCUUACAGUAUCAGCUCCUCCAGUUGUUGAGCUUUCCUUGGUAUCUCCUUUCUUCAAUAACUGUGAGAACACAUUGACUUGCUGCGCUUGGGACUUCUACCCUCAAGACAUCCAGUUCUCCUGGUAUAAGGAUGGAGAGUUGAUCACCAGCACUUCAAAGAAUGAUUCUUUGUUCCCCAAUAGUAAUGGCUCUUACUCCUAUAUAAGUAACCUAAUUAUUUCCCGUUCUGACUGGAGCAGAUCUGUACAGUUUUCUUGCCAAGUGAAUCAUUCUGCACUGGAAAGUCCUGUUGUCAAACAUAUAUCUUUGCCUCGAGCUGAAAAAGAUUCUUCAAAGUUGCCAAUCUGGAUCCUGGCUGCAGUGCUUGCUGGUCUCCUCAUGAUAUUGGUGAUGAUUAUUCUGGCAAUGACCCUGAUAUUCAGAUCCAAGACCACAUCACAGAGCUCUGCAGACAGAGUUAUGCCAGAGACUGCUGUGAUGCAACUGCCACAAGAAUGCCAGAGAGAGAACUGCCACACAACCUAUGCAUUGCUUAAUUAUUAUCCAGGAUCUACAUUAUGAGUGGUUGUCAAGUGUGGUAUGUGGGGUAUGAAAUACAGAAGGAAGCCUUGCAUUCCCUUGAAGUCUUCUGCACUGAACAUGAUGAUGGAAGACAGGAGCUUCUGGGGAAACAAAUAUCACCCGCUACUUAUAAUACUGAAGCCUUGAGCUGUCAAAUAACAAGUAGAGCAAAGCCACUUGUGAAGAAGGGCAGUGUGCUAGAUGCUGGUUUGAGUUCUCAAACCUAGUUAGUAUUUUAGCAAAAAAGUAACAUCUAAUCUGGCACAUAAAGGGAACUGAAAUGUCCCUGAGGUGCCUGAUCUGAGCACAAGGUGACUGUGGGCCUUUGGGAGAAGAUGCACUGCUUUGGAGCAUUACGGUCAUGACCAUGAGGUUAGGCAGCCUAGGGAAAUUUUCAGACUGCUGCUUCACAAUCCAUUGCGUGCACUUGGCUGGACUUGGCGCACUGAGUCACAAUUAAGCCAAUAUCCCAGCAACGCAGCUAAGAUAUAAUUGAUGGAAAUUCUGUUGUUCAAAUGGGUCCAAGUCAUUUUCUGAUGAUUAAAGUCCAUGCCACUGUGUCAGAUAAAAGGUGUUCUGGCUAAAUUCCAGGGUUAAUAAGAGCCUUCACUCUAAAAUGCCCUACACAUUGCAAUUGAAAUGCAGCCCACUGUGCACUUUCACAUGUCUGUCACGCUCCACCCCUGAACUGAUUGAAUUUCUAGGGUUGCUCACAGCAUUCUGCAUCCAAUCCAUACCUUGCAAAUCACUUAUUUUGGGAGCCUUCAGCAUGAAAGAGGAACUAUCUCCACUUAUGGGAAUUCCUUGGGUUAACUGUUGCCUGCAGUUGUGGAGAGCUGGAUUUGAGGAAGACCCUUCCAGUCCUGUGUCCCUAUGUUUCUAGAUAGCUGUUAGGUUUUAUCACUUUUUAUCACUUUCAUGUUUUUAUAAAUAUUGCACAAGUUAUUACUUUUACCAUAUUCUAGUGUAUUAGUGGCUUUGUUAGCCGCUGGAUCUUUAUGGAAGAUGCUGAUGAUCUUAAAUGUUGGCUCUUGUUUACAAACUGUUACUGUGUGGCAAGGAGGCAAUUGUAAACUACAACAGCAAGAUGGACUUUAUUUUUGUGUGUUCCUACUGAUCCUGAACUCUUUGGCCUGUUCUGGAGAUGCUUUAAUUGGAAUGCAUUAAUAUAUUUCAGCAUACAAAAUUACCAGAUUUUAGGUCUAAGGAUGUUACACAAAUUGCCAAUUGCUCAAACCACAAGCAAGACUUUAUAAAGGGGGAUAAGGCAAGGU